CAGGCCCAGACGCAGGGUCCGGCAGGGCAAGGAAAGUCAUCCCCGGCCUGGAUAAUGUGGGACUUCUUGGCAGCCCUCCUGUUCCCGAUCCUUGCCAUCCUAUGGGUCAAUCAAUGGCCUCUCUCCGACGAGGGAUUUGCCCUUCUCUUCCUGGCGCUGCUGCUCUGGCAGGCCCGAAGGGACUGCUUUGGGCUGAGGGAGAACCAAGAAAAGACCCACAACAUGAGACACCAGAGACCAGCCCAGACCCCCUCUAACCACGCUGUUUUCUUUCUGUCUCAGCAUCGUCCCAAGAAGCGGCUGGAGGGUGCAUCACCUAAAGUCCGAAGCAUGGGCCACGGACACCCCAAGGAUCGAGCGGAAGUCGUGCGUCUCCUGAAAAGGCGUGAUAUGGGCAUGUUCUGUGGAAAAUCUGGUCGUACCAUCUGCCAACGCUUCAGAGAAGAAGCCCACGGCGUGUUCUUAGAAGACGGUACCCUCUAUCGCGCGCUCCCUCUGCCCCCGGCCGGCAGGGAGAAGCUGACUCGUCCCGGGUUAUCUUUCCACCGUUCCCGGGAGACCGCCUCCCGGCCCCACGUCUCCAAAUCGGGCAAAUGUUCCUGUAGUUCAAAGAUCAUGAUCCUCCCUUCAGACGAAGGGCCUCAAACUCCUCAACUGGAGGAGAAGCGUCAACAGCACCGAGAGCCGGGUUUUCCACCUUCCGGCCACAGAACAUCAGAGGUCUCUGAAGAGGAAGCCCACAGCGAUGCAGAACGAACAUCUCCUAAGCGGCAGCGAGAGGCUGAGGGCUCGACCCUGGGAAUCGAGCCCCCCUCCCAGCCCUCUCUCCUCAACCCCAAGACCCGCAGCUUCCUGGAGCAGCACCUGAAGGCCAUGCUCCAUUUCCAGCAAUACGGGCUGCCCAGUUGGGUCAUGGAGGCCCAGAGUCAGUUAGCACCUCAGGCGGGAGAACGAGACAUCCAACCUGGCUCUCCCUGGAGAAAAGAUUCGGUCGUGCCUGAAGACUCCCGCAGGGUGAAGAUGCUGAAGAGCAAAAAGGAGGCCCUGGAAGAGCAUAUGGCCCAAAAAUGCCAUCAGCUUAGACAUGGGGAAAUCCCCUCCGAAGUGCACAAUGGUCAGGGUGACACCAGCACCUCACCGCCGCUGGCCCUCCCCGCAUCGCCGGGCCCCCCGACUCUCUCCGGCCCCAGAAGUCCAGCCCCCAUCAUAGAAGCCUCCCCGCCUCCAGGCCUUCUAGACACCGGGCCUCAGUCGCCGGACCAGGGGACCGCUUCUCCGAUGCUGAGCUCAAGCCCCAGGUUGCGGGAGGAUCAAUCUCUCCCGGUGGAACCAUCUGACCUGCCCGAGGCUUCGAUGAGGAAGAGCCUGGAAUCAGUCACGCAGCAGAAUCACGUGGAUGUCGUCUCUGGGUGUGACGCACACUACGGUCUGGCUGCCGACGGGGCCGGCUCUCCUGCAGGACCUGUCCAGACGGCAGUGAGCCCAGAGGAUGAGCCAGGCCCGGACACAGACCUUUCAGGAUGCAGCGUGGUAGAUCGGGAGAAGGAGGGGACAGCUGAAGAACCGAAACUCUCCCCCAUCGCCGAACACCCCGUGAUUUCAAUGGACAGCAGGGCAGAUGACCAUUCUCACGAAGUCGGGGACAGCGACGGGCCUCAGGAUCCUACCGCCCAGGUCCCGGAACAAGAGAGAGAGGGGCCCGGUCUCCUGGGUUCCCGCCACUCAAAGCCUUCGCCCUACCCUCCCAAGACCGCAUUUAGCCUGAGGGCCCCCGUGAGCAACCAAAGAGGGGAGAGGGGCCCCGACCAAAGCCACAGCAAGGCCUCCGUCUCUUCCUUGGCAGAAAGGGGCCCAGCUCCCGUCACGUCUUGCGGCCCUGGAGUUUCCACAUCACGGCCAGUAAGCAACAGAAAGGGGCAACAGCCGCCUCCCAGAGCCUCGUUUUCUGAACAACUGAAGACGUGGUUUGGCUCCAAAGGCCAGCAGGCAGACAUCAGCCCCAGGGCACGGACGACAGCCGCCUUAGGAGAGCCGGGCAAGCGGAGCUCAGCAUCACCGGGGACUACUAAGCCAUCCUCCCCGGCGGGCUCUCCGCCCCGCCAACCCAUGGGCUUCACUUCCCACCGCCACCGCCCUCGGGACGGAUUCCCGGGUCGCAGUCCAAAUAGGCCCAGGGCCCCAUAAACUCUGCACGAAGAUCAAGAUUCAACGGAGACUUUGCGGUGCGUUGGCAAAUCAGCCCGGUCUCCCUACAGCAUGGUUUAUAAUUUCGUUCACCAUCUUGAUCUCUGUUAAAAGAGACUCAUCUUCC